AUGUCAAUCACUGAAUAUAUCAUCCCUGAGGGAGGGGAGGCUGCUCUUAGGUUGAGAAGAGAUGGUUCUAAAGAUUUCAUCUUAACGGAGACCAAAUAUGACGGAUCCGUCAAUACAUCCACAAUAGACUCAGGUGUUGAAAGUUGGUGUACACAGUCCACACAAAUAGAGGAUAAACGGAACAUAUUUCUUGAGAAUGAAGAAACGGAAAAAAUAAAGGAUCCUGACGAAGGAUUAGAACUUGAAGUAGAUAGUAAACAAUAUGAGCCACAAGAUGGAGAACUGGAUGGGUUAGAUGACUGGGAAACUUCUUCAAACAAGAACCAGGUUUUAGAGUUAGGAGUUCUAGACAAGUUUCAACACAGUGGAAGCAUCCAGGGAAAGGAUUCAUCAUGGAUACUGGAAAAUGUUCCUGUUUAUAGAGAAAAUGUCCUUCUAGGUAAAAAUAUAUUUGAAGAGACUCAAUCUGCUACCAAAAUACUCAAGAAGGUUCCACUUAAAACUGGAAGAGGUAUAAAGGUGAAGGUUUCAGGCGUAAGAGAAAUACCAGAGAAGAUUCCAGGAGAAAGAGAGAUACCGGAGAAGGUUUCAACAAAAACAAGAAUAUCUGAGAAGGCCCCAGAUAGUAGAGAAAUGCUGGAGAAGGGUCCAAGCGGUAGAGGAAACCCGGGAAAGGUUUCUACCGGCAAUAUAUUAGUGGAGAAGCUUCCACCAGUUCUUAAGGAGAUGGAAAGGGUUUCACCUGGUAGAGGUAUAUUGGAGACGGUUCCUUUUACUACAGAAAUACGGGAGAAGGUUUCAAGCAAUAAAGAUCUAUUGGAGAAAGUCUCUAAAGAACUAAAUGAGAAGGUUCUAUCUAUUAUUGAUGUAGAUGAGAUGGUCCCAACAGGUAGAGAAAUACACGAGAAGGGUCCUAAUAAUAAAAUAAGACUGGAGAAGAUUCCACCAAUCUUUAAGGUAGGAGAGAUGGUUUCUCUAGGUAAAGCUCAAGACAAGGUUUCCCCAGAUUGUGGUAUAAAAUCUUCAUUCAAUCCUGAGAUCUUUGAGUCCAAAGAACCCCUGAUGAAGGUUCCAUUAAACCUAAAAGGUGACAAAAAGAAAUCUCUGCAGCAAGGAAAUUCAGGCUGGGGAAUUCUUAACAGGGUUUCACGACAGAGAAAAGCAAAGGAAUCUUGGAAUGAUUUGAGAACUCAGCUGAUUAAACAACAGGUUGACAAGGAUGGGACAGUUUAUGUUCAGGGUGAAAAGUACACCGUACUCAGCUCACUGGGAGAGGGAGGAUAUGCUAAGGUGUACAGUGCAUUUGGUCAGGAUAAAAAGGUUAUUGCUCUGAAGGUUUGUAACCUGGUUGAAGAGAAUGGAAGGAUAAAUAUAAACCUGGAAAACGAAUCUAGAAUUCUAAACAAACUCAACAAUACAAACCAUGUUAUUAGAUUACUAAGGUUCGAGCACAGUGGGGAUUUACUAAAGAUGGUUCUAGAGUUAGGGCAGGUCAGCUUACUCACCUGGAGACAGAAUACAGAGAACCUACUCCCAGCACAUCUCAAAAUAUUCUGGGAUGAAGCAGUGACUGGUAUUUCAGAAAUACAUUCUUUCAACAUUAUUCAUAUGGAUGUUAAACCAGAUAACUUCAUUCUCGUCAAUGGAGUUGUAAAG